UUGAGGGUUUCAUCAAUAAGAGCAAGAGUGAUAGCGAUCGAAUACCUACAGGCGAUUCCUGACGUUGAUUUAACGAGUCAAACGAUUCUGAUCACUGGAACGACGACUGGAAUCGGAACGGAAACGGCAAGAGCGUUGGCUCUCAGAGGUGCUCAUAUUAUCAUGGCGAAUAGGAAUAUCGUUCAAGCUGAAGCGUUAAAGAAUCGUCUACUGGCGGAGAAGCCAGACGCCAAGAUUGAUCUGAUAGUAUGCGAUUUAAGUUCGCUACAGUCAGUACAGGCAGCUGCAAAUGAAUACAAAGAAAAGCAAUGGUCACUUCAUGCUCUGGUUUUGAACGCCGGCAUUUUCUCACCGACACAAAAAAUGACAAUCGACGGGCUGGAGAUGACAUUUGGUGUGAACCACGUCGCACAUCAGUACCUCGUCCGAGAACUUUUGCCGCUCUUAAGGCAGUCCAGUGGCAGAAUCGUCGUAGUUUCCUCUCAUUCACACAAUCAUACUGGGGUGAGUGAAAAUCUACACCUUUUGUCAGGCUUUAAGCUUUUUGUAGAGCUUUAUGCUUAUUCGAAACUUUGUAAUGUACUUAUGGCGAUGAAGCUUCAUCGAGAUGAGAACAAGUACGGUAUAUCAGUUUAUGUUCUUCAUCCAGGAUCAAUGAUUGGAACAGGUUUGUUUCGUCCAAAAACAGGGAUUUCCUUGCCGUUCACUAAGUCACUAGAGCAGGGAGCCGCAACAACUGUCUAUUGUGCGGCAUCACCGGAAGUUGCCAAUGUCAGCGGUAAGUACUGGGAGUCUUGUUGGGAUGAUGAAAAGAACUUGGACGUGCAACUCGCUAGAGAUGAAGAAUUACAAGAUGCCCUUUGGGAGAAGACUAACAAGCUGUUGGAUUCAUUUGAAUUAAGUCGUGAGCCGAUCAAGACGGUAACUGACUCCGAAAACUAG